AUGGAUAAUAUCUUGAGAUUGACGUUGAACCAAGAAAAUCAAUAUCUUUUCACACUUCAAUGCUAUUUAAUUGAUGAGAAGUCUGCUUAUUUUCAAUUCUAUUUAUGCUUGAGAACUCACAUGAAGGGAUCAUCAAUAUAUGUAGCGGAAACAUUUAAUAUAAAUUGCUCUGGAUUAUUUAAAUCUUGUUGUGUUGGCAAAAAUAAAAAAUGGAAUACUGAAGAAUCUUUUGAAAGUUUAAAUGAGGUUUUGCUGGUCAAGAAGGUUUGA